AUGCACUAUGUUAGCAAAGCCUCACAGGAUACUGAGGUUCGGUACCUAGAUAUUGAUAAGCUGGUCUUUGCUAUGGUGGUGUCAGCCAGACGCCUCAGAUCAUACUUCCAAGCGCAUACCAUUCAUAUCCUAACCAACCAACCGCUAAGGCAAGUAUUGCAGAAGCCAGAGACUUCUAGUAGGUUGGUUAAGUGGGCCAUUGAGCUUGGUAAAUUUGAUAUUCUUUAUAAACCCCGCCCCGCUACAAAGGGACAAGAAGUUGCAGACUUCAUUUCUGAAUUUACAAAACCCCAAGCUUUGGCCGUUCCCCAGAUCAUAACCGAAUCCACUCUUCCCUCAAACCUGGUCAACGUCGCCAGCAAUGGUACCCUCGGCUUGACCCAGCCAUUGUAG